UAAGGACUCGCAGGGAUUCUCUUAACUUAUUAACCAUUUUGAAACACUCCUCACACAAAUAUCCCCAUUCUAAUUGGACAGAAAAAGGAAAAAUAAAACUGAUAAUGAACACCAUUCCUUCAUUCGAUCCCAGCUCCGAACAGAGGGAUGCAACCGCAAUUCCAACUUACCUCAGAGAUUCACUAUCAUGCCUCGACGUUGUGUGGUCUGAUAUGUUUGAGACUGGAGACUCAGCGAUUGACUCUAUGAAGCAUGAGACUGAUUUUCUUAAAGGAGCCCCUCCACAGUGGCAGAGCUUCAGCACACCAGAGAACCCACCAUUUGUAGAAAGGGAUUGCUUUAAAGAUUUAAUUCAGUUAAUUGAGGGGAAAAAAAGGAAAAGAUGUCUGAUCACGGAAGUUUCUUUACCAUACCAGCCUGGCAGUGGAGGCUCAACCCUCGCCAUGCAGGUGCUUUGGCAUUUCCACAAAGACCUCAGAUGUGCCAAAGUGAUCGAGUCUGAUUUAGACGAUAAGAAGCUGCCGAAACAAGUGGUGAACCUUUUUCUCCUGUCUAAUGAACAACACGCAAAACACGAUCAGAAAACCGUGCUGCUUUUGCUAGACACCAAGGAAAACUCAAACAAUGAUCAGCCAAUCAAGAAUUCUCUCUGGGAAAACCUGAUUGAUGAAAUGCGCGAGAGGGACGUCAGUACAGACACUCCAGCUGUGAUCGUUUUACACUGCAGAACUACAAGUGUUCGAGCGACAGGCAAUGUGGAGAUUACAAUGAUGCUCUCUCCAAGAGAGAAAGAGAGGUUUGAUAAAAAAAAACUGGAGCUGAAUGAGAAAUACAAGACAAAGUCAGAGACCUUCCAUGCCUUCAACAUAAUGCAGGGAGGUUUCCGGAAGGAGGACGCUGAGAAACUGAUCACAGCAAAAAUGGUGAAAUAUGUUCAAAAGAAUCCAAAGUCCAAAAGCACAAGACUUCUCAGCUUUUUGGCUUUGAUAAACUCAUACGUCCCAGGCUCACACUUGUCGAAGCUUUUGUGCGAGGAAUUCACUGCACAAACAGACCGUCCCUCCGAUGAGGAAAACGUCCCACUGGAAACGAUAAUGAAGCCUUUCAUGAAUCUCAUAGUCAUAUUCUCAGAAGGAAAACCCAAAACCGACUGCAUACGCAUGGCACAUCCAAUGAUUGCGGAUGCAUGUGUAAAUAUGCUCACCAAGCUCAAACUGACAAGAUUUAACAUCGCUUCUGACUUCUUGCAAAACAUGGUGAAAGGAAAGGAGAGUGACUACAUGCGAAUUUGCAAGAGAAUGUUAACCAUAAGGGUCGACCCAGAAAAAUACAGGUUUUCCAAACUGAUUCUUGACCUCUUGAUUAUGGAUCACAGGGAAUGCAUUUGUUUGUUGGAGCUGGGUUCAGGUUUGUUCAGCAAUGACCCUUUUUAUCCUCAAGCACUUGCACGUUUGUAUUACAUUGAGGUAAAAGAAACAAACAAAUUUGAUGAGGCAGAAAGCUGGGCAAAAAAGGCCAUUAACAGAGCGCCCAAAAAAUCGUAUAUCAUGGAUACACUCGGGCAAGUUCACAAAAGCCACUUGCGGACCAUUCUGAACAAAAACACAUACACACACACAGACACGGUUUUGGACAUCGCAAAGUCUGCCAUCAAAGCGUUUAAAGAGGAAGAAAAAGCAGCUGAAGACGAGUCAGAAGACAACUCCAGUUUCAAUAACAGGGGCUACUUCGGAUGUCUCCAGGUUUGCAAGUACAUUUAUGAUUUAAGUGCGAAAAACCCUCUCGAACAAAAAUACAGUAGAUUCAUCAGUGGUCUCAGAGGUGGCGUUGAGAAGAGAUAUGAUUUCUUUGAAUGGUAUCUGGCAUUCUCAAGACCAAGGAUCAAUAAACAUGACCCGGAGAACAUUCAUGAUGACAUUGAAGAGUGCUACAAGCGAUACUUUGCACAUGAAUCGCAGACUCAUGAAGACACCCUGCAUGAGAAACAAAUGAAGUCUUUUGCAGGACUACUGCAUUUCCCCAAAUCUGAUAUUAGUGUGCUUACACGAAAUCACAGUGCAUUUCAAAAUCCACAAUCUGAUGACGAAACCCAGAACAUUCUCUACGUUUCUGCCAACAUCAUCCUGAGUGUGUUUGAUGAGUCUGAGAAAAUAGAGGAGCUCCAGGCCAGUUUACAGAAACUCUGGCUGAGCAAAGAAGAAGGCAGAGACCCCGAGUUUUACCUCUUGAUUCUUUUGCUCUUUUGGUUUGAUGAAGCGCAGCCAAGAAUCCCAAACCCUCCAGACCUGAUCAAAUGUGUCCGAUAUAUGCGUGAUUCAUAUGAGAAGAACUAUCAGAAAUACCUCCGCGGUCGCUACCUGGUGCCUUUGCUCUUCUUUGGGGAAGGGACUGGUUUGCAGAGACUGGUUCACAGCUCAAAACUACAUCCGGAUGAUUCUCCUGACGGGUUGGAGCUCCUAUUAGAAAAAGGAGAAGUUAAUCGUCUCCAGCGGAUCAGCGGGAAGGUCGAGAAGAAUCAAAAAGUGUUUGCUAUUAGAGACGGGAAACAGAUUCAAGUCACUCCUCACAAACCGGCCAGUGUGUACAAACAAGGCCAGGUGUCUUUCUACCUCGGCUUUAAUAUCAGAGGACCUGUUGCCUUCAACAUCAGAUAUACGCACUGAAGUAAAGUAUCAGAUGCUGUAAGUAAAGCAUGCUUCAUAUUUAAGACUAUUAAA